GGAGGACCAAUGAAUAGUGACAUGCCUGCUGGGUUUUAGGAGCAAAUUUAAUUAAAACGGAUACAACCGACAUCAUAAAGCUCUUUUUUUUUUUCUCUCAAACAAAAGACAACAAUGCGAGCACAAUAACAUGUUGGGCUCCGGAGCUAAUUCUGCGUCUCGGGAGGUCCCAGUCCUGUUUGCAAUCCGACACUCGUUCGCUCUCGGAGGGGCGGAUGGCAGGUGCCGGAGUUUUUCUCCAGGACCUCUCGCGCCGGGGCUUCAAGCCAGUAUUAGAUGCCGGAAGUCGUCGCUCAAGCCGACUCACGGGCUGGCGAGCUCCCCGACGCCUGCAUUAGCCGGGACGUUACCGACGAGUCAGCGGGACAUGUCGACCCCGCGCUUCGGACAGCAUCUCAUCAAGGCCUCGGCGGUGUUCCUGCAGACCGAGCUGUCAUUUGCCCUGGUCAACAGGAAGCCCGUGGUGCCCGGACAUGUGUUGGUGUGCCCCCUGAGACCAGUGGAGCGUUUUCGGGAUCUCAGGCCGGAUGAGCUGGCGGACCUGUUCAGCACCACCCAGAGAGUGGCCGGCCUGGUGGAGAGACACUUCGGCGCCACCUCGCUCACCAUUGCCAUCCAGGACGGCCCGGAGGCCGGACAAACCGUGAAACACGUCCACGUCCACGUGCUGCCCAGGAAGAAGGGGGAUUUCGAGCAGAACGACAGCGUAUACGAGGAGCUGCAGAAGCACGAUCGCGAAAACGAGGACAUCCCCUCCAAGUGGAGAUCGGAGGAGGAGAUGGCAGCGGAAGCUUCAGAUUUGAAGGAGAAGCUGCAGAAUCUCUAAACGGACAGUGUUCAGCAUCUCAUGCCAGGGUCAGCGGUGACUGGGACAUAUUGCGAACGCCUGAUAUUAAUGAGGAACAAUAUUCCCUAAUAUUUACUCACAUCUUCUUUCUUUUGUAUCGCCACAUCCCUCUUAUAUAUUUGUUUUCCAAAAUAAAAUUCAAAUAAGCGAGAAA